UAGCGGUGGCCCAGCCCGCAGCUCCCUCACCGCCGUCCAGCGGCCGGCCCGGCUCUGCAGUGAGAGCGGCGCCAUGGAGGCCACUGGAGUGCUGCCGUUCGUGCGCGGCGUGGACCUCAGCGGCAACGACUUCAAGGGAGGCUACUUCCCUGAAAAUGUCAAGGCCAUGACCAGUCUGCGAUGGCUGAAGCUGAACCACACCGGCCUCUGCUACCUGCCCGAGGAGUUGGCUGCCCUACAGAAGCUGGAGCACCUCUCUGUGAGCCACAACCACCUAACCACUCUUCAUGGGGAGCUGUCCAGCCUGCCGUCUCUUCGGGCCAUCGUGGCUCGAGCCAACAACCUGAAGAAUUCUGGAGUGCCUGAUGACAUCUUCAAGCUGGAGGACCUCUCAGUCCUGGACUUGAGCUACAACCAGCUAACAGAGUGCCCUCGGGAGCUGGAAAAUGCCAAGAACAUGCUGGUGCUAAACCUCAGCCAUAACAGCAUUGACACCAUCCCCAACCAGCUCUUCAUCAACCUCACCGACUUGCUGUACCUGGACCUCAGUGAGAACUGCCUGGAGAGCUUACCCCCGCAAAUGCGCCGCCUGCUGCACCUGCAAACACUCAUUCUCAACGGGAACCCACUGCAGCACGCCCAGCUCCGGCAGCUCCCAGCUCUGACAGCCCUACAGACCCUGCACCUGAGGAACACCCAGCGCACCCAGAGCAACCUCCCCACCAGCCUUGAGGGUCUGUGCAACCUCACAGAUGUGGACCUAUCCUGCAACGACCUGACGCGGGUGCCAGAGUGCCUGUACACCCUCUCCAGCCUGCGACGCCUCAACCUCAGCAGCAACCAGAUCACAGAGCUGUCCCUGUGCAUUGACCAGUGGGUACAUGUGGAGACCUUGAACCUGUCCCGAAAUCAGCUCACCUCACUGCCUUCAGCCAUUUGCAAGCUGACCAAGCUGAAGAAGCUGUACCUGAACUCCAACAACCUGGACUUUGAUGGACUGCCCUCGGGCAUCGGCAAGCUGGCCAGCCUGGAGGAGUUCAUGGCCGCCAAUAACAACCUGGAGCUGAUCCCUGAGAGCCUCUGCAGGUGCACAAAGCUGAGGAAACUUGUCCUGAACAAGAACCGCUUGGUGACCCUGCCAGAGGCUAUCCACUUCCUGACAGAGAUCCAGGUCCUGGAUGUUCGGGAGAACCCCAGCCUGGUCAUGCCUCCCAAGCCUGCUGACCGCACCGCCGAGUGGUACAACAUUGACUUCUCACUGCAGAACCAGCUGCGGCUGGCAGGUGCCUCACCUGCCACAGUGGCUGCUGCAGUAGCUGUAGGGGGUGGGCCCAAGGACCCCCUGGCUCGAAAGAUGAGACUGCGGAGGCGCAAGGACUCAGCCCAGGAUGACCAGGCCAAGCAGGUGCUGAAGGGCAUGUCAGACGUAGCUCAGGAGAAGAACAAAAAGCAGGAGGAAAUCACCGACAGCCGAGCCCCUGGGGGCAGGGUGAGGCGCUGGGACCAGGGCCUGGAGAAACCUCGCCUCGACUACUCGGAGUUCUUCACAGAGGACGUGGGCCAGCUGCCUGGCCUGACCAUCUGGCAGAUCGAGAACUUCAUUCCUGUGCUGGUGGAGGAAGCCUUACAUGGCAAAUUCUACGAGGCUGACUGCUACAUCGUGCUCAAGACCUUUCUGGAUGACAGCAGCUCUCUGAACUGGGAGAUCUACUACUGGAUUGGUGGAGAGGCCACUCUGGACAAGAAGGCUUGCUCUGCUAUCCACGCGGUGAACCUGCGCAACUACCUGGGUGCAGAGUGCCGCACUGUGCGGGAGGAAAUGGGCGAUGAGAGCGAGGAGUUCCUGCAGGUGUUUGACAGUGACAUCGCCUACAUUGAGGGCGGAACAGCCAGUGGCUUCUACACUGUAGAGGACACACACUACAUCACCAGGAUGUACCGUGUGUAUGGGAAAAAGAAUAUCAAGUUGGAGCCUGUGCCACUCAAGGGAGCCUCUCUGGACCCCAGGUUCGUUUUCCUGCUAGACCGAGGGCUGGACCUCUAUGUGUGGCGGGGAGCCCAGGCCACUCUGAGUAGCACAACCAAGGCCAGACUCUUUGCAGAAAAAAUUAACAAGAAUGAGCGGAAAGGGAAGGCAGAGAUCACACUGCUGGUGCAGGGCCAGGAGCUCCCCGAGUUCUGGGAGGCACUUGGUGGUGAGCCCUCUGAGAUCAAGAAGCAUGUGCCUGAUGACUUCUGGCCACCCCAGCCCAAGCUGUAUAAGGUGGGCCUGGGCCUUGGUUACCUGGAGCUGCCCCAGAUCAACUACAGGCUGUCAGUGGAGCAUAAGACACCUCCCAAGGUGGAACUGAUGCCCAGGAUGCGGCUGCUACAGAGCCUCCUGGACACACGCUGUGUGUACAUCCUGGACUGCUGGUCUGAUGUGUUCAUCUGGCUCGGCCGCAAGUCCCCACGCCUUGUGCGAGCCGCAGCCCUCAAACUGGGCCAGGAGCUGUGUGGGAUGUUGCACCGGCCACGUCACACCAUGGUCAGCCGCAGCCUCGAGGGCACUGAGGCACAGGUGUUCAAGGCCAAGUUCAAGAAUUGGGAUGACGUGUUGACGGUGGACUACACGCGCAAUGCAGAGGCUGUGCUGCAGGGCCAGGGACUUGCCGGGAAGGUGAAGCGUGACUCUGAGAAGAAAGAUGAGAUGAAGGCUGACCUCACUGCACUCUUCCUGCCAAGGCAGCCUCCCAUGGCGCUGGCUGAGGCUGAGCAGCUCAUGGAAGAGUGGAACGAGGACCUGGACGGCAUGGAGGGCUUCGUGCUCGAGGGUAAGAAGUUCGCACGGCUGCCUGAGGAAGAAUUUGGCCACUUCUACACGCAGGACUGCUACGUCUUCCUCUGCAGGUACUGGGUCCCUGUGGAGUACGAGGAGGAGGAGGAGAAGAAGGAAGAGAAGGACAGGGCCGAGGGCAAAGAAGGCGAGGAGGCAGCAGCCGAGGUGGAGGAGAAGCAGCCCGAGGAGGAUUUCCAGUGUAUCGUGUACUUCUGGCAGGGCCGGGAAGCCUCCAACAUGGGCUGGCUCACCUUCACCUUCAGCCUGCAGAAGAAAUUUGAAAGCCUCUUCCCUGGCAAGCUAGAGGUGGUGCGCAUGACUCAGCAGCAGGAGAACCCCAAGUUCCUGUCCCAUUUCAAGAGGAAGUUUAUCAUCCACCGGGGCAGGCGGAAGGCUGCUCAGGAUGCCCUGCACCCCAGCCUCUACCAGAUUCGCACCAACGGCAGCGCCCUCUGUACCCGGUGCAUCCAGAUCAACACUGACUCCAGUCUCCUCAACUCUGAGUUCUGCUUCAUCCUCAAGGUUCCCUUUGAGAGUGAAGACAACCAGGGCAUCGUGUAUGCAUGGGUGGGCCGGGCGUCAAACCCUGACGAGGCCAAGCUGGCGGAGGAUAUACUGAACACCAUGUUUGAUGCCUCCUACAGCAAGCAGGUCAUCAAUGAAGGUGAGGAGCCGGAGAACUUCUUCUGGGUGGGCAUAGGUGCACAGAAGCCUUAUGACGAUGACGCUGAAUAUAUGAAGCACACCCGGCUUUUCCGGUGCUCCAAUGAGAAAGGUUACUUCGCAGUGACUGAGAAAUGUUCUGACUUCUGCCAAGAUGACCUGGCAGAUGAUGACAUCAUGUUGUUAGACAAUGGCCAAGAGGUCUACAUGUGGGUGGGGACCCAGACCAGCCAGGUGGAGAUCAAGCUGAGUCUCAAGGCCUGCCAGGUGUACAUCCAGCAUCUACGCGCUAAAGAGCACGAGCAGCGCCGCCGUCUACGCCUGGUCCGUAAGGGGAAUGAGCAGCACGCCUUCACUCGCUGCUUCCAUGCCUGGAGUACCUUCCGAGAGGCCCUGGCCUAGGGUGAAUGCAGGGUCCCACGGGAACCCCAAGCUCUGGGUGAGGGGGGAGAAGGGUCUCUCUUCACCUACCACCUGCCAAAGGAGGCUACGUGCAGGUGGCUUCCCCUGCUUUGGGUAUCCCCCAGUGCCAGCAUCCUCAGCAGCAUAGCCCAAGCACCACCAACGGCGGUAACGCUGCCUAGUGCCCUAAGGGUUCUUGGCGGCCAGACUCCGUCCGGUGUGAGCUCAUGUGUGAUACCCCUUCUCUGCCAGGGAUAAAGCAGAUGUGGUUGUCCUUUAAGAGAUAUUAAAUGCUUUUAUUUUCAA